AAUGUGCAGUCCUCCGUGGGUGCUGUUUUUAUGAGUAGUUCCUUGUGAGGGUUAUUAUAGAAGAGUUCCUUGUCGAGUUGUCUGGUUUGUUUUUUGUUGUUUUUGUUUUGGUGGGUGUUUAAUGGGGAAUCAUUUAACAGUUUGACAAGUGGCCCAUGAGAGCAGCUAUUUUACUUCCCUUCAGUGCCAAAGAACUGAUGGUUGGGCUUCUGAUAACCUGGCCAGCACCAUGAAGAGAUGGGAGUUUAAGAGGUAGGGAGCAGAUGAGAAAGUUGAGGUAUACAUAACAGAGAGAACUGGCACCAUUACAGAAGGAAAAGAAAAAAUGACCAAUUGAUUGUGAAAUGAGUCCAAGCCGGAGAGUACACUUUGCACCACAAGGAAAAAGGUGCUGAAGGUUUAUCAAGAAUUCCUUUGUCAAUGAAGGGAAAAACUGAAUGGGAUAUUGACAAACAGAGGUCGUAAUACUCUUCACCAUGCGCAAAGGGGUGCCAAAGGACCCAGAGAUAGCAGACCUGUUCUACAAGGAAGAUCCUGAAGACAUUUUUGUUGACUUACAUGAAAUUGGACAUGGAAGCUUUGGAGCUGUUUAUUUUGCCACAAAUUCUCACACCAAUGAAGUGGUGGCAAUUAAGAAAAUGUCUUACACUGGGAAACAAACCAAUGAGAAAUGGCAGGAUAUUCUUAAGGAAGUGAAAUUUUUGCGUCAGUUGAAGCACCCUAACACCAUUGAAUAUAAGGGCUGCUACUUGAAAGAGCACACUGCCUGGUUGGUGAUGGAAUACUGUUUAGGAUCAGCUUCUGACUUAUUAGAAGUCCAUAAGAAACCACUUCAGGAAGUAGAAAUUGCUGCCAUCGCCCAUGGUGCCUUGCACGGCCUGGCCUACCUACAUUCUCAUAUGUUGAUUCAUAGGGAUAUUAAAGCUGGAAACAUUCUCCUAACAGAGCCAGGUCAGGUGAAGCUGGCUGAUUUUGGAUCUGCCUCAAUAGCUUCUCCCGCCAACUCCUUUGUGGGGACCCCUUACUGGAUGGCUCCAGAGGUCAUCCUCGCUAUGGAUGAAGGACAGUACGAUGGGAAAGUGGACGUCUGGUCUCUCGGGAUCACGUGCAUUGAGUUAGCGGAACGGAAGCCCCCCCUUUUCAACAUGAAUGCUAUGAGUGCCUUAUAUCACAUAGCCCAGAAUGACUCCCCGGUGUUACAGUCAAAUGAAUGGACAGAGUCAUUUAGGGGAUUUGUUGAUUACUGCUUACAGAAAAUACCUCAGGAAAGGCCAACAUCAGUGGACCUGUUGCGGCAUGACUUUGUACGCCGAGAUCGGCCACUGCGGGUCCUAAUUGACCUCAUACAGAGGACAAAAGAUGCCGUUCGUGAGCUGGAUAACUUGCAGUAUCGGAAAAUGAAGAAAAUCCUUUUCCAAGAAACCCGGAAUGGACCCUUAAAUGAGUCACAGGAAGAUGAAGAAGACAGUGAACAUGGAACGAGCCUGAGCAUAAACAUGGACAGCCUGGGCAGCAAUCACUCCAUUCCGAGCAUGUCUGUGAGCACGAGCAGUCAGAGCAGCAGUGUUAACAGCAUGCAGGAAGUGCUGGAUGAGAGCAGCUCAGACCUGGUCAUGACGCACGACGACGAAGGCACUGUCAAUUCCACGUCCUCUGCCGUGCACAAGAAGGAGCAUGUAUUCAUAAGGGAUGAGGUGGGCCACAGGGAUUCCAGGCCUGAACUGCGGCCUACCCAGUCAGUCCAGAGUCAGGCCCUUCACUACCGGAACCGAGAGCGCUUUGCCACUAUCAAAUCAGCAUCUUUGGUUACACGGCAGAUCCAUGAGCAUGAGCAGGAGAACGAGUUGCGGGAACAGAUGUCAGGAUAUAAGCGGAUGCGGCGCCAGCACCAGAAGCAGCUGAUUGCCCUGGAGAACAAGCUGAAGGCCGAGAUGGACGAGCACCGCCUCAAGCUGCAGAAGGAGGUGGAGACGCACGCCAACAAUGCGUCCAUCGAGCUGGAGAAGCUGGCCAAGAAGCAAGUGGCCAUCAUCGAGAAGGAGGCAAAGGCGGCUGCAGCAGAUGAAAGGAAGUUCCAGCAACAGAUCUUGGCUCAGCAGAAGAAAGACUUGACAACUUUCUUAGAAAGUCAGAAGAAACAAUAUAAGCUUUGCAAAGAAAAAAUAAAGGAGGAGAUGAAUGAGGACCAUAGCACACCCAAGAAAGAGAAGCAAGAGCGUAUAUCCAAGCAUAAGGAGAACCUUCAGCACAGCCAGGCCGAAGAGGAAGCCCACCUCCUCACCCAGCAGAGACUGUACUAUGAUAAGCACUGCCGUUCCUUCAAACGGAAAGCCAUGCUCAAAAGGCACGAGAUGGAGCAGCAGAACAUCCGGGAGGAGCUCAAUAAGAAGAGGACGCAGAAGGAGAUGGAGCACGCCAUGCUGAUCCGGCAUGACGAGUCGACGCGGGAGCUGGAGUACAGGCAGCUGCACACGCUGCAGAAGCUCCGCAUGGACCUGAUCCGCCUGCAGCACCAGACCGAGCUGGAGAACCAGCUGGAGUACAACAAGAGGCGGGAGCGGGAGCUGCACCGGAAACACGUCAUGGAGCUUCGGCAGCAGCCCAAGAACCUCAAGGCCAUGGAGAUGCAGAUCAAAAAGCAGUUUCAGGACACUUGCAAAGUCCAGACCAAACAGUAUAAAGCACUCAAGAAUCACCAGUUGGAAGUUACUCCAAAGAAUGAGCACAAAACAAUCUUGAAGACACUGAAAGAUGAGCAGACAAGGAAACUGGCCAUUUUGGCAGAACAGUAUGAGCAGAGUAUUAAUGAAAUGAUGGCCUCUCAAGCGUUAAGACUGGACGAGGCCCAAGAAGCCGAGUGCCAGGCCCUGAGGCUGCAGCUGCAGCAGGAGAUGGAGCUGCUUAACGCUUACCAGAGCAAAAUCAAGAUGCAGACGGAGGCCCAGCACGAGCGAGAGCUCCAGAAGCUGGAGCAGAGGGUGUCUCUCCGAAGGGCACAUCUUGAGCAAAAGAUUGAAGAGGAGCUGGCCGCCCUUCAGAAGGAGCGUAGCGAGAGGAUCAAGUUUCUGUUGGAAAGACAAGAGCGCGAGAUUGAAACCUUUGACAUGGAGAGCCUUCGAAUGGGAUUUGGGAAUUUGGUUACACUAGAUUACCCUAAGGAGGACUAUAGAUGAGAUGAAAUUCUUUUGCCAUUUACACACAAAAAAAUGAAAAAGAAAAUUAAAACCCUUCAAAACCACAUUCCCCAUCGGAA